AUGGGGAGGACGGCGAGGAGGCGGGACGACGGCAAUGGGGGCAGCCGACGAGGAGACGGGACGACGGCAAUGGGAGGACGGCGAGGAGGCGGGUCGACGGAGAGAGGGUGGCUGGCGAUAAAGGGAGUGGCAGCGAUGGGGUAG